AUGGCCCGCACACACAAGACCACCCAGAUCAAGGCAAAGAUGCCAGAACAAGAGCGUGUGGCCGAGGAAGCGCGUCAGACCAACCUCGCUCUCUUGCGUGCUGCACGUACGCGCUCAGAGCGAACACUCGCCAGAGAUAUCAUGGAUACAUCCUGCGCGGGUUCGACUGAAGUAACAGAGGACAGCGAAGCCCAAGAUCGCGCGGAGGAUGCAACAGAGGGCACAUCAGAUGAAGAAGGGGGUGAUGGGGAAGCGCAGGUAUGCGUGGACACACCGAGUGAAGCAAAGAAGACUACGGAUGAUGAAGAGGACGCUUCGGGUGAGGAUGAAGAGGAUGGCGAGGAGGAGCAGGUCGCAUCGAACGAAAAGGGAGAGGACAAAGCGGAAGAAGCCGGUGUGGAAAAGGAAACAACGAGAACGCGUCGUCAAGGAAAGAAAAGAACCGUAUCCGAUGUCGAUGAAGAAGAGCUGGUUCAGGCUCCUGCGUUUAAGGCUCAGCAUGAUUCGUGGUCCUCGCUGGAACAGCCUCUCAAGAAAUACAUGGAGACGACGCACCAAAACAUUGUGGUGACAGAGGUGAUCAAUGUAGCUCGUAGCAAUGCUGCUCUUCGGCGUCAAGUAAGGUACCAAGGGCUUACUGACUCAGAGUUGCCUCUCGUCCCUGCAAAGAUGGAACCUUAUCAGCGCAAGUUUAUCUGUACGCAUGAAGUGUACGCCCAUAAUCAUCGGGUCUCCGAAGACAUUAACAGGUUUUACCCAGGUAUUCGCCAGGUUCCGGCGGACUCACCAUUGAUACCAGAUAUUGAGUUGCUGGUUGAAGCCGAAGCCGGGACAACAAGCGUGUACAACUACAUUCGAGAGAACACAAAUCACCGAGUUACCAUGGAUGAUGUCCACAAUCUACUUCGCCGGCUACUUAAGCAAAGUAAAUGUUUGGACAUGCGCGAAGUCGAGGUGUUUCUCAAGAAGCUUCCCAAAGAUCGCGCGCUGUAUUGCCACUUUCACAUGAAACACGCCAUCACCAACAUGACUUACUCCAUAACCGAGGAGGACUAUCAAAUGCAUCGUGAAGAGUUUAAGAUCCUCGCUUGCCAAGAUGAUCGUACCAAACUGUGGGAGUAUUUUGACAAGAACUGGGACGACUGCUGCGAGAUAUGGGUGAUGACGUAUCGAGUUGAUCUGCCUCACUUUGGCAAUCACAUCAACAACCGCCUUGAAAGUGCUUUGGACAACCAGCGACGCAAAGAGGAAGAGUAUCGGUCUAAGGUCGAGAUGCCUGGCGCCUUACGGGACGUGGCAGCAGCGAUCAAGACUCAAUACGACGUUGCUACGGAUGCUGCCGUUGUUAACAACUACACGUUUAGCAACAAUGGCACAACUGUCUCUGUCAGCGGUGGUGAACGUGAGUAUCUUCUCAAGAAAGAGGGUUACUUGUGCGACAGUGGGUUUGCUCAGACCAUGGAGCUUCCCUGCAGACACGCCAGGAUGUACAAAAUGAGCUCUGACAACCCAUUCAUUAUCCCCUUCUCGACAAUUGCGCCAACCUGGCUCUCGCAACAGGAGUUGACAGAGGUGGCGGCGCCGUUUGUAGCUAAGAUAUACAAAGACCAUUUACAAGCUGCUGAUGGAAGGUUGAGUAUAGCGAAGAAAUACAGUCAGGCCCAGCAGGCACUUAGUCGCAUUAGUGGCGAGCUUGCGAGGUUCGAAGACGAUGCCUUCGCGAGUGCGAUGUCGCAGUUGGAUUAA